AAAGGAUUGAGGAAUAAAAAGAGGGAGAAAAUAAGACACUGCAGCAGAGAGGAAGAAAGGGAGAAGGAAAAGGGUGACGAGGAAUUGAAAGAUAUCGCGCAACAACCAUUAGCCUCCCACCAUCUGCACACAACUAACAGUAGUACAUAGAGGAGGAGCAGAAGAAGGAACACAGAUUUGCAGGUUCUUGUGAGGGCAGUGUGCUCCGCGAUUCAGAUCAAUAUCUUUGUCCUGAAAUUUUUGGGUCCUUUGUUCUCUUGUUGAUCUGGAAGUGAGCGAGAAGAAGAAGAAGAGGAGCAGCAUCAGCAGAACAAGGGAGCCUUGUUGCAGUUGCUAUUGUGGUUUUUGUUCUAUCUCGCCGUAAGACCUGAGAUGGCAUCAGCUUCGCGACCCAUGUCCUUCUUCGAAGCCAGAGAGGAUGAGCAUCGCAUGCAGGCGAUGCAACAACAACAAUCUUCUUCGGUGCCGGCACCAUCGACUGCAGCUCCAGUGAAGAAGAGAAGGAACCUUCCAGGAAAUCCAUAUCCUAAUGCGGAGGUGAUCGCGCUGUCGCCGAGGACGCUGAUGGCGACGAACCGCUUCGUCUGUGAAGUCUGCAACAAGGGGUUCCAGCGGGAGCAGAACCUGCAGCUGCACCGCCGCGGACACAACCUGCCAUGGAAGCUCCGCCAGAAGGACACCAAGGACGUUCGCCGCCGGGUGUACCUGUGCCCGGAGCCGACUUGCCCCCACCACGACCCCUCGCGCGCCCUCGGCGACCUCACUGGCAUCAAGAAGCACUUCUGCCGAAAGCAUGGCGAGAAGAAGUGGAACUGCGACAAGUGCUCCAAGCGCUACGCCGUCCAGUCGGACUGGAAGGCCCAUUCCAAGAUCUGCGGCACUCGGGAGUACCGCUGCGACUGCGGCACCCUCUUCUCGAGGCGUGACAGUUUCAUCACCCACCGGGCCUUCUGCGAAGCACUAGCGCACGAGAAUGGGAGGCUCCCGUCCGGCCUCCACACUCUCGGCGGCAGCCAGAUAUAUGGAAACAGCAACAUGUUUUUGAGCCUUCCUCGAGUGAGCUCGCACACCACCUCAUUGCAUGGCCAACACAUCAUCUCUCCACCAAAACCUUUGACCUCUGGAGUUCCUCGGUCCCCUCCAUCCUCCUCCGCGUUUCACCUCAACGGAAGCUCGGACAAAGGCAUCAGUGAGGGCACCCAGUCGCACCACUCCUUACCUCAGUGCAAGACCUCCCACGGCCUAAUGCAGCUUCCUGAGCUCCUAGGUAAUGCGGCUGCCUCUACCUCGGCCUCUGCUGCUGCAGCAUCCGCCGAUCUCUUCAACCACAGCUUCUUCUCCAACAACAGCACCAUAUGCAGGAACCCCAUCGCGGAUCAGAUUUACGAUUCUAAUAGAAUCAAUGAGCCAACUGCGUGCUUUGCCGGAAACCUUGUGGAUGAACAGAUGGAAGGAGGCAUAAUUUCUCGCUACAGCACCUUGAUGAAUAAUGAACCAGUAAUGCUUCCCCAGCAGCUGUCCGCCACCGCAUUGCUUCAAAGGGCAGCUCAACUUGGUGCGACAUCCAGCAGGGGUUCUUCUUUCCUUGCCGGCUUCAGCGGCAGCCACGGUAGUGGCAUUGAUGGAUUUGGGCCUCAAAUGGAAAACAACACUCAUUUCCAGUACCUAAUGAACUCACUUGCAAGAGGAGGCAUUGAUCUAGUGGGCAGCUCCGCAGGGAUGGCAACAUUCGAGGGCGGUUGCACCACCACCGGCGGGCACCAUGGACAAGAGAACACAGGAGUUGGCACUUUCAACGUAAACAACAUUGAUGAGCCCAAGUAUAACCUUCCGAGUUCCGACGGGCUCACCAGGGACUUCCUUGGGGUUGGUAGCACAACAAGGAGCAUGGGGGGUGGGAUCUCUCAGAGAGAACAACAUCAUGGCAUUGCUAUGAGCUCGGGACCAUCAAGCCAAUAUUCCUUUGCCGGUGGGAGCUUGCAGUAGAGAAGAAACCAGUUUAAAGAAUUGCAGGAAAAAGAAGAGAAUAACAGGUUGAGUUGCUCUUUGUCAACGUUCAAUUAGCUUGAUAGGAUACAUCGAUACUUGUAUGUCUUUCAAUUGGUUUCUCUUAUACAUUUGAGUGUGAUACUGUCCAUCUUUCGAUUCUUUUUCCAUUUUAUCUUGAUCUGGCAGUUGCCUUUGUUAAGAAAGAAUCAUGAAGCAAGUAAAUAAUUAUGUCCUUCCUA